AAAUGUUGUGUUUUGAGUUGUCAGAACCUGUUUUUAUUUCGAAAUGCUGCAAAACGCAAUAGAGACAGUAUUGGUAUUCAUAAAAAUCUCCCAGAAACUCGUGCCUCUUUACCUCUCAGAUGAGUGCCCCAGGGCGAUGAAACAUCACAAUUUUGAUCUCGGCAGACGCAGCCUCUACAGCAGGGGGCAGGAUUACCUUUUUCUGGAAGCGGAGUCCAGGAAACCCCUGCCAAUGCUAAGCCAAGAAAAUGGUUUUCAAGUUAAAAACAGAUAAUCGAAUGAAAAGUUUCCUCUAUACGUAGCGAUACGUAGAGGAAAUUGCCAGAGAACGUGGUGCUGAAGAAACAUUACUGAAUUUACAUGAGAUCGGGUACGUUCAGGGUGGUAUAGUGUAGAAAAUUGCUAAAUUUAACGUGGCCCAAGAGUCUGUGGUUGAAAGAAUAAUCAAGACAGCUUUAACAAUAGAGCAGAGGAAUCAGCGUUAGCAGGUGGAAAUGCAGAGACAGCGAGGGCAGAAUCCCUCAGACAAUGGUGCUCUGCUAGGGAGGAAUCGAAACCUGCGCCCAGUCUCUCUACCAGCAGACAAUAACCAGGACGUAGGGCAAAGCCGACGAGGGCGAAGGGAAGGCAAGACUGGGACUGAGGAAAUUUCAGCGAGGAACUCAAUUCUGCAGUCCGGUUUUUCCAGGGGCUGGACCAAUCCGAGACAAAGGUACUAAGCACGGAGUUAGAGAACCGGUAGUUGCCUCCCAUAUCACCAAACUCAGGGCAAAAGCCGGGAAGUGUCUCAGCAGAUGACUCAGUCAUCACGGGACAAUGUCGCAACCGGCACCUCCGCCGCAGCAAAUAGUCCCUGGCCGCGCCGACUCCCAAGGGAGCUGGAAGCGGCCUCGUGGGUCCCGGCAGCGGCCAGAGCGCAGCCAAUCCUUGCGAGGAGAGGCGUGGUUAAUUUGACCCGAGGAUCCUUCCGCUCCCGCUGGUUGUGCUGAGGCCGGUGAAACUGCCAUUUUGGAUGCUGAGCCUUGUUUCGGAAGUCGAUCUUGCAGGUUUUCACGCUUGAAUACGGUCAGGGUCUCACUAUGUAGUUCAGGCUGACCUUGAACUCGUUGUGUAGUCCAGGCUUGCCUUGAACUCUUGCACUCUUGGGCAUCUUCCUCCUUCAGCCUCUGGAGAGUUGGGAUUACAGGAGGAACAGCACAGCAUGCUGGGCUCUGGAUUUAAAGCCGAGCGUUUACGAGUCAAUUUGAGAUUAGUCAUAAACCGCCUCAAACUACUGGAGAAAAAAAAAACGGAACUGGCUCAGAAAGCCAGGAAGGAGAUCGCUGAUUAUCUGGCCGCUGGGAAAGAUGAACGAGCACGAAUCCGAGUGGAGCACAUUAUCCGGGAAGACUACCUUGUGGAGGCCAUGGAGAUCCUGGAACUAUACUGUGACCUCCUGCUGGCUCGGUUUGGCCUCAUUCAAUCUAUGAAAGAGCUAGAUUCUGGUCUGGCUGAAUCUGUGUCUACACUGAUCUGGGCUGCUCCUCGACUCCAGUCAGAAGUGGCCGAGUUAAAAAUAGUUGCUGAUCAGCUCUGUGCCAAGUACAGCAAAGAAUAUGGCAAGUUAUGUAGGACCAACCAGAUUGGAACUGUUAAUGACCGGCUAAUGCAUAAACUGAGUGUGGAAGCCCCACCCAAAAUCCUAGUGGAGAGAUACCUGAUUGAAAUUGCCAAGAAUUACAAUGUACCCUAUGAACCUGACUCUGUGGUCAUGGCAGAAGCUCCUCCUGGGGUAGAAACCGAUCUCAUUGACGUUGGAUUUACAGAUGAUGUGAAGAAAGGUGGUCCUGGAAGAGGAGGUGGCGGGUUCACAGCACCUGUUGGUGGACAUGAUGGAACAGUGCCAAUGCCCAUGCCUAUGCCUAUGCCCAUGCCAUCUCCUAACACUCCUUUCUCAUAUCCAUUGCCAAAGGGACCAUCAGAUUUCAAUGGAUUGCCAGUGGGAACUUAUCAGGCCUUUCCAAAUAUUCAUCCACCUCAGAUACCAGCCACUCCCCCAUCGUAUGAAUCUGUUGAUGACAUUAAUGCUGAUAAGAAUAUCUCUUCUGCACAGAUUGUUGGUCCUGGACCCAAGCCUGAAGCAGCUGCAAAAGCCCCUCCUAGACCUGCAGAUAACUACAACUUUGUCCUACCAGAGUUGCCAUCUGUGCCAGACACACUACCGACGGCAUCUGCUGGCGGCGGCACCUCAGCAUCUGAAGACAUUGACUUUGAUGAUCUUUCCCGGAGAUUUGAAGAGCUGAAAAAGAAAACAUAGGUCUCUUAACCUAGAAUGCCUCCAACUUCGGGGAGAUGAAACUGCGCAGUUUCUCCUUGUACACAAAGAAUCUCCAUGGAUUUCUGUUUCAUCUAUUAAUCAUCACCAAGCACACUCCUUCUGGGGACUCUUUCCUACUCUACCAGAUUCUGUUGCUUCCCAGUUCUCUACUGAUCCUAAGAGACUAACAUCUGGACACUCUGAGGCCAGAGCAGCUGGCUCCUGGCAGCUGUGCCUGUUUCCUGUUAGAGGGAUCCCAGGUUCUCCUGUGACCUAGCCCUCCCCGGGGGAAUGAGAAGAUGAAACGUGUGGUGAGAGCUGCCAGAGAUGGCUGAAGAGGGAAAAGCAUCUCAUGAAGUGUCUUAGCCCUGUGUUGAAGUUCCAGACUUAGAAACAAACCCCUCUGUAGAGGGCAGUUGUGGUGAGACACAAGGUUGUGGUGUGUUUUCUCACGAGUAAGAGAGAAAAUGGUUCAGGAAGUCAUAGUAACAGUUCCUAGAAGCUGGGCCCUCUUCAUGGCAUAUACACUACUCGCUGCAGGGCACUGUUCCAUCUGGAUCCAGUUGCAAAGUUUAUUUGGAAAAAGUUGAAGGCCUCUCUUCAUUCUACUGGAUUCUCAGGGAGCCCUCUGUGGCCUUUUGUUUUAUUUUGAAUGCCGUGUUUCUUUUACCCGAAGAUAGCACUACAGAAAUUUACUUUUCCCCAUAGCAUGAUACUAGCAAAGGAAGGGGACAGGUAACAUACUGGAUAGAAGGUGCCAUUUGAGCCUAUGGUGGGCUUCCAACUGCCUUAAUAGAUGUACUCAAGUCUCUUGGGUAGUGAGCUGGAAAACCUACAGAAGAAGACAGACACCUGUUUUCAUUUGAAAACUUCAUGAUUAAAGGAAUCUUGAAAAAGUGAUCUCAAACUUUUAGUGCCCUUGUGGCUGUAACUCAUUGCUUUCCUGGGUGAAUGAGACUCUGUUAUAACUCGUGCUCCUUUGUGCCCACGGUAGGCCCAUCCUUCCCCACAAGGUUGGCUUCCAUGUAAUGUAUCUGUAUAUCUGUUUCAAGUAACUUUUCUUUAGUGUUUUUGAUUGGUUUGUAUCUCAUAGCUUAGUAGCUGCUAAUAAAGUUAAAGAUCUGAUGUCUUGCUUUCUCCACUGUUGGUCAAAUGAUAAAGUAUGAAUUUAGGUUUUAGUGGAGAAUAUUUUAAGCAAGCAGCUCACAUUGGUACACAAGCCAGAGUCAGCCUUUACCGUUGGCUCCCCUAGUAAUGAGCAUACAUAGAGCCCUUUAGUGUCCUCUUUGAACUUAAAAGCCAAGGUAGCAUCUGUGAGUUUGUUGGUUCCUUGUCUGUGUUAGGACACCCCUUCAGCCACAUCUCAUGAUUGUACAUCUUAUGAUUGUAAUGGGCUCACCACUGACUUACUCAUUUCCUAUAGCUUUCCUGGGGCAUGGAUGAUCAGUGUCCUGUUGCUUACUGCUUGCAGCAGAGCUGGUUUAUUACCGUUGUUAUUUUUACAGUGUUACUCUCUUCCAAACAGUGCCAAGAUCCACAAACAAGAACUUGGAGCCCAGGGAACUUUGAUUCCUUGGUAACUUACAGAAUUAAGACAGAAUUUUAUAUGCAUCUAUAAAUAAUUUCCUAAACUAUGCCAUGCAAAGAUAAGUAAUAUACUAGGAAGAACUAAACCAAAGUAAGGAGGUAACAAGAUUAGGAUACUUCACUGUCUCAUACUUUAGUGUCAUUGAUAUCUGUUAUUGCUACUUCUCAGAUGAGGGGUUCUGGUGCUUCCAGAUUCCUAAUAAAAUUGAAAACUUCUAUAGCAA